AUGACGCAGGGCAAGCUAAAAAAUUUGUGCGGCAACCAUCCAAGCGCCAGCGAAAGCGUGGAGUACAGUGGUGGCGGCGGUGGCGGGUUCCCCAAGCGAAGCGGCAAAGUGUUCCUUGUCGUCGGCCUGAUGUCUGUCGUCGUCGUCGUGAUCGUCUUCCUGAUCGUCGGCUUCAUCAGCUACCGCGACGCCGCAACGGCGCAAGCGCGCAAUGCCGGCCCUGUGGCGCUGACCGCGGGCAAUGCGGUGACCUGCGCGAACCCGUGUCGCAGUCCGCACUUCUUCUGCCACCCGGCCUCGGAGAAGGACGAGAAGGGAUGCUUCGAGCCAGGAUGCGCCUGCUUUCCGGAGCACUGCCACAAGCGGUGUCCACCUAAUCAGGAGUGUGCCCUCGGUUCGCCAGUAGACUACAGGGGAUGCUUCAGGCCCAACUGCAAAUGCGAAUCCAUCAGCUCUGUCUCGCCGGCCAGUAACUGUACCUCCGUCUGUCCUCUUGGUGAGAGGUGUCGUUUCGAUGCCCCUGUAGAUGCUCAAGGUUGUCCUCUCCCAGGAUGCGUUUGUGAACCCGACUGCACGUCACCAUGUCCAUUGGGAAAGCGAUGUCGACCAGGCUCACCAGUCAACGCGAAGGGAUGCUUCAGGCCGGGCUGCAUAUGUGAUCCGGACUGCGUACCUCGUUGCUUUGCCGGUCUUGAGUGCGCGCCCUCUUCAGCAAAGGACCUCCACGGCUGCUUCCUCCCUGGUUGCGUGUGCGAACUCCCCAAUAAAUCCGGGUACAGACAGCGAGGCAUGAACAGAUGCAUCUCUCCUUGCCCAUUCCGUAAGGAAUGCAUAGAAAACUCGACCAGGGAUGAACGAGGCUGCUUUCAACGAGGUUGCACCUGCGAGGUGAAGUGUUCACAGCGGUGUCCACUGGGAUAUCGCUGCCGACCGGGUUCCCCGAAAGACAUCGAAGGCUGCUUCCUCUAUGGAUGCAUGUGUGAGCCUGUUCCUGCUGUUCCAGCGUCAUCAAACACCUCCGGAAGCGGAGCUCCAAGAGGAAGCCUGUGGCCGCUAGGAGAUGACAAAGCACUUCCCAUCGGCGUCGAUCAAGACAACUACAACUCUUCGUCAGACUUCCAUGACAACCAUCUGAGUAUUCCGCUCGUUCCUCCGCAAGGACGUGCCAAUCACCACGCCGGUGGGAGUGGGCGCGAACCCAGACCAAAAGAGAGCCCCAACGCAGUCAAUGCGCCUUCGGGCUCUACAAACAUCUUCUUGGAUUUCAACAAGCCAUCGUUCGGCCCUACAAGUCCCGAAGAACACUCAAGAGGCGUCAGUGCAAUCGACGCGAAAGAUGCGACGAUACAUCACAGCAACGCCAGCUCUUCAACGCCGAGUCAUCGUCCUACCCAGCUCCUCAAGGUUGACAACGCAUCAGCGACCGCGUCAAUAAGCCAGAGUAGAGAGGUGACAUCUGCUGAAACGCUGCCGGCGGUCAGCGGAGACGUGUCCAGCGGGUCUGUAACCGGUACCAGCACUAACAACGGCCCCAGGGCUGAAAACACAUCGUCCCCGUCGGACGAACAAACCGACGACGAUGAUGAUGACGACGACGCCGUCCCAGGCAACGCCGGCUCGGGAGGUACGGACGGCGACAGCGCGCAAAACGUGACGCUGGGAGGACGGGACGACUCGGAGAGUUCGAAACAUGGGAAGCCUGACGAUUCUGGGGCGACUGAGGGCGAACAGGGCUCGCCCACUCAAGGGCAAGAUUCAACAUCGAAGACCGCUGAAGACACGCUGCAAGCCAGCGCAUCAACAACUCCAAGCCAGCAGGCAAUAGAAGGCCACGUCUCGUCUACCAGAGUGGAUCACUCAGCGUCCGCUUCUGAUGCCACUGGUGAAGUAACCGCAGGAGAUCAGCACAGCACUUCCCGCUGACGGCAACAAACGAUGGGGUCCACAAAUAAAAGGCGUCC